CUAUCCUUUCCUGCCCUAAUCCGUCAGCUAUGUCUCUUGUGUUGAUGCUGGUUACAGACACAGUAAGAAAACUUCAGACUAGAAUUUUAAGGCUACGAAUGAAUUUUAAGAUAGAUUUGUUGUGAAUCCUGGACACCAUCGAUUGGAUGUGAACUUCAGUUUGAUCUGUUCUGAAGUGAAAAUUGAAGACAAGAUCUGAUAGGACUCUGGAGUACCCACCUGGACCACCACAACAGAACCGGAGACAGACACAUUACUACAUAUAUUUGCGUUUAGCUAGCAAAUCUUGACUGUAUAAGCUGCACUGUAUAGCAAAUUGGGUGAAUUUGUGUUGUUAGAUGUUAACAUCAUUGUUCACUAUUAACUUUAAAAGCCAGUGAUAGGUACACAGUCUCUGUAACUAAGGACUUUGACACUAGUUGGUUAGCAUAAUUUGUAAAAUUAGCUUUUAGCCUAGCAGGCAUAGUAAGCCAAAUGGCUGACCCGUGGCAAAACAACACAUACCACCAAGGAGGAGGUGACAGCUAUGGGAGUUAUGGAGAAGGUGGUGGCCAUGAUGGAUAUGGUUAUCAGGCAGACUAUCCUCCCCAAGAAGAGGAUGCAGCAAGUGACGUGACUGAAGGACAUGAUGAAGAGGAUCAAAUGUACGAAGGAGAAUAUCAAGGGAUACCACAUCCUGACGAGGUGAAGGCUGCACAGAGAGCCGCACGGGCUAAAGCUCGAGCAGCUGGCAGUGCAGUCUCUGAACUAGAAGAGUUAUCUGAACAAUACGAAGACAUCAUGGAGGACUGUGGCCACGGGAAGUUCCAGUGGACGCUCUUUGUGGUGUUGGGCCUGGCUCUGAUGGCUGAUGGAGUCGAAUGUUUUGUGGUAGCGUUUGUUCUACCAUCUGCAGAAAAGGAUCUGUGUCUCUCCAAUGCAGAGAAAGGAAUGUUAGGUUUGACUGUCUUUCUGGGCAUGAUGGUAGGAGCGUUCUUGUGGGGAGGUCUGGCAGACAAAGUUGGCCGUCGGCGCUGUCUGGUUGUGGCACUUGCAAUAAACUGUGUCUUUGUCUUCCUGUCUUCGUUCGCCCAAGGCUAUGGCUUCUUCCUCUUCUUCAGGCUGCUGUCUGGCGUUGGAAUUGGUGGCACAGUGCCGAUCGUGUACUCGUACUUCUCUGAAUUUCUUCAAAUGGACAAGAGAGGAGAGCAUCUGUCCUGGUUGUGUAUGUUUUGGAUGAUUGGUGGGAUCUACGCUUCGUUCACUGCCUGGGGAAUCAUACCCAGAUACGGCUGGGGGUUCAGCAUGGGCACGGAGUUCCAGUUCCACAGCUGGCGGGUGUUUGUCCUGGUUGCGGCUCUUCCUGCUAUUGCCUCUCUGGUUGGACUCACCUUCAUGCCUGAGAGUCCCCGCUUCCUCUUGGAGAAUGCCAAGCACGAUGAGGCGUGGAUGAUCCUGAAGCAGGUCCAUGAUACCAAUUGGAGGGCCAAGGGUCAGCCAGAAAAAGUCUUUACUGUGACUCACAUCAAGGCUCCUAAAACAGCAGAGGAUGAGUUUAUAGAAAUUCAGAGUGCUACAGGAACAGCUGUACAACGAUGGGCUGUACGCUCACUAACACUCUGUAAACUGGUGUUGAGGAACGUAGCAUCACUCCUCUCUGCAGAGCUGAGGUUUGCCACACUCUUCAUGGCCAUCAUCUGGUUCUGCAUGGCUUUCAGUUACUAUGGUCUGUCUGUUUGGUUCCCUGAUAUGAUCAAACACCUUCAGUAUGAGGAGUACGAGUCUAAGGUGAAGGUGUUCCAUAAAGAACGAGUGGAGAACUUCCAUUUUAACUUUUCUUUAGAGAACCAGAUCCAUAAAGAAGGGGAAUACAUCCAUGACAAGUUCAUCAGUAUAGAGAUGAAGUCGGUGAAGUUUGAAAGUUCACUGUUUGAAGACUGUCGCUUUGAAGACAUCAGGUCCACAGACACUGUGUUUGAGAACUGCACCAUCCGUUCCACUGUCUUCUAUAACACAGACCUGUGGGAGGAGAAGUUCAUUGACUGUAAGAUGGAGAACACCACCUUUGAGCACAAUAAAUAUGGCUGCCACCUGGACACUGUUGAGGAGAACGACGUUCUAAUUUACCUGGUCAGCUUCCUGGGCAGUCUGGCUGUGUUGCCAGGCAACAUCAUCUCAGCCCUCUUCAUGGAGAAGAUUGGCAGGGUCAAGAUUAUAGGUGGCUCGAUGCUCAUCUCAGCAGGCUGCACGUUCUUCCUGUUUCUGAGCUUCAGCCAAUCAGCGAUCAUUGCCAUGCAGUGUCUGUUCUGUGGCGUCAGUGUUGCUGCAUGGAAUGGCAUUGAGGUGGUGACCGUGGAGCUGUACCCUACUUCUAAAAGGGCCACAGCAUUUGGCGUGCUGAACGCUCUGUGUAAGCUGGCAGCAGUGCUCGGCAGCUCUAUCUUUGCCAGCUUUGUGGGGAUCACCAAAGUCGUCCCCAUCCUGCUGUCCUUCACUGCGCUAGUGUGUGGUGGCCUGGUGGCGCUCAAACUACCCGACACGCGAGAGAGAAUCCUUCAGUGAGGUCAUGUGAGAUCCUGGGGGUGGGAGUCAUAAAGGGGAGGGAGAGGCCAAAACAUACGUGCUUAAUGUUGGAAGCUUUUCUUAUUGAUUUUGACUUCACUCUGCAUUUAAAAGAAAGCAACAAUAGGUUAUACAUAUUAAAUGUAAAUGCCAAUCUCGAAUUUUUUCAUGGAAACCAUCUCAUUUUGUACAAAGGGUAGGUGACCUUUUCACUAAUGGCACUGAUGGCAGUUAUAGGGUUUAGGUGUACACAUGUGUCAGUGUUUAAAUGGAAACUGAGAAAACAUUUUUUAUUUCUUAGUGAGUGAGAACUUCAAUAAUUGUGUAAAACUGAUUUUAUUUAAAGAAAAUAUUCAUGCAACUGGCAACCUCAGCAUGACCUGAAAGUUCCGUCCCCGAGUACAACCCCAUCCUUGACUCCCAUGAUAAUUGGUAGAUGGCAUGUGGUUGCUUUUGCCUUAACAUAUCACUAGUAGUUUUUAACAUCUCAUUGCAUCAAACUAAUAAAGAGGCUUAUUAGCAAUGAAUACUGCAGCAGAGUAAAUUGAAGUAAAACAACUAUAUAUAUUUGUAUUGAAAUCCAAAUGUUCCUCUAUUGUGCUGUAUGUUCUGCACGAAUAUUAUAACCUCUCCUCUGGAGUUCAGUCUGAUACUAAUAUCCUCCUGCCAAUAAUACAGGGAAAAGCACUCAGUUGGCUUUACUUACACAGAAAACAUAUAUCUGAGAAAACACACACUUUACUUACUUUAUUUACUUUUCUGUCUCUGUUGGACCUGGAGUUUUGGAUCAGUGUAUUUUCUGGACAGCAAUGUUUUGACAAGGCCCUGUUAGAAAUCAUUUGGUCUGUUGAGUUUGUUAAUGUUACUGUUUUUCUUUCUCCUUUUUAAUCAACUUACAGUAUUUUUUUUACUCAUACUUGUUAUGGGCCUAAACUCUUAUUUGAAUUAUUGCACCAUGAAAAUCACAGUUGUUUGGUCUUCCUUUUUGCCGGUACAAUAUAUAAAUCCUGCUGUAGGACCACACACUACCUUCCCACUGUUGAUGAAAAAUAAAUGAUGAAAAUGCUUGUAAAUUGAAAAUUCAUCAUAAUCAUAUUUUCAAAUGAUAUGAUAAAUUAAACUUUAUGCAAGCAUAACUGCCAUUUAUCAUGCAGGUGGAGUACACAAAAUGAACAUGAUAGAAAAAUUAAGGCAAAUAACAUAACAACAAUAACAACAACAAAAAAAGAGUACAUUUGUUUGAUUUUGUAUACUACUGCAACCGCUUUUAGCAAAAAAAUGAUAUCCAUUUAAUCUCUGUGUCUCUAGUACAGAGAGGUGGGGAACAUGUUGAGCCUAGCUUAGCACAAAGAUAAAACAUGAAACUGCUCUUGAAACCAUGAUGUGUAAUUUUUCUGUCAAUUUCUAGAUGUGUUGAAUAGAGUAAAUCCAAUGUGUGAAGAGUGCUUUAAAAAAAAUCAAUUGAUUUAUUCUUUUACAAUUUUUACACAUGCUAUGUCUAAAAUAUAUAUCUUCACUGACAUGAAUUAAUGUUGGAUGAACAUUUUGUCAUUUUUGUUCCAAGCCACAAGUAUUGAAGCUCAGUAAAAUUAGAUUCCAUUGUUCCUAUUGACAGCAGGAAUUUAGGAAUGACAGCAAUAGAUAAAAAUGACUGAAGUAGUUCUUAAUGAAGUAGACAGGCAAUUAUAUUUAAUAAUGAAAGUUUUGAUAAUUAAUUAUUUACUGUGUAAUGUAUCAUUAGGGCCCGAGCCCUGACAACAACGCCCUUUUGAAACUGAUAGGAUUACUAUUAUUCUGCAAAUGAAUCAUUUUUAAGGGGCUAAAGGUGCAUAGUAAAAGUGAAAAUUUGCACAUGCAUCAGAACCGCUGAAACUUUUGAUAUUGCUUGGGUGUAACAUAAUGGAUUGAUAGUGCCCACUAACAACAUUUCAAAGAAGUAGCCCUUGCAGUACGUGCACUCAGCAGAGUUCCUUUUUCAUUUGUGAUGUUUUUCCCCACCCUGUCGUAGGCACGUAUGGACACAGGUGGUGGUACAAAACAUAAUUUUCAGUGCCACAAAGUCCACGCAGGAAAAAGUCUAACUCAUGUGCACAGUAUCCAACAGUUAAUAAAUGUGAGAAAUUAAUGCAAAGUAAUAAUAAUAAUAUGCUUUUUGGCUUUUUCCCUUUCCUUUAUUGUGUCAUGUAUCUUUUUUGUGCUUGCAAACUGGCUUUUUUGUCAAAAACGCAAAUGUUGUCAACAUAACUCAUCCUAUCCUACAUCCUAACAUUGUCAAAUUUAAAACAUUUACUAACAACAAAAAACAUUGAAAAAUUUAAAACAUUUAUUAACAACAUAAUGUAACAAUAACAUAUCUUCAGUCAAUUGGAAACUUGAAAAUUUGUCAAUAAAGUAAAAUGUCAAUAAAAAAAAAAAAAACAAUCCUGAGGGCAGACGCUUCGCACCACAGGAGUUUGGUGUUUGAAACCCCCAACGUCGUCUUCCAGGCAGCGCUGCAUGGAAGGCACUAGGAUUAGGCAAUGGUUAUGGUUGAAGAUGACGGUCGCCGCGCUGCCUUGAAGGCCUAGCUGAGCAGACUGAUAGCAAGGAGGGUGACUUGGUGGAUGGCAGUCCGCUAACUUGUUGCUCUCUUUAAUAUAACCAAUAUAAGCUGCUCUGUUUAGGCUACAAAACGUGCAUGCAGGCUGAAAUUCAACCGUGCAGUUAAGCUAUAAGCAGAAGGAAUAUCCGCAAACGUUGUCAACAUAACUCACUGGAAAUCCUAAAUACUUCCACACUUUCACACACUUUAGUGAAAGAGGAGUGGGCUCAAGUUCUGUCGAUGGGUCUCCAGCAUCUGCAGUUGCUAUCUUUUGACUGGCUCUAGCUAAGUUACAGGAGGUUGACUGACUCACAUCACUUCAACACGUGUGUUUUUUUCCGCUUGACAAGCCGACCGGACGUGACAUGGGGACAUGGCAGUAUCGACGAUUCCAUUUUGUUAUUCGAUAAAACCGCGUCGGCUAUGUAAUCGCUGACAACCAGGACAAUUUCAUAGUGGUUGGUGUAAACAGGGACAUUGUAGCGUCCCGACAGGCUUUUGUCGGGACUCGGGACACGCAACUCAGAAUCAGGACUGUCCCGGUCACCCUAAGUUUGGGAAGUCCCACGAUCUAAACAAAGCUAACGUUAGCUUAAGUUAGCUGUUGACUAACGUUUUACAGGGACGGGAAAUCGUCUCUGUUGUUUGAAGUUAGCGGACAUUUAAUAUCUUAAUUUAUCCAUGGAAAAUGUCAGCAGAUAUCUUAGUUAUAACAGGAUAGAGCUAGCAAAGCAGUUUGGUGUUUAUAUUUGCGGUAAUUAUCCAGUUUGGGAAAUCCCACGUUCUCUACAAAGCUAACGUUAGGUUAAGUUGACUGGCUAACUAAACAGGAAGGGACUAGAAAUCAUCUCUGUUGCUUUUUUUAUUUAUUCUGAGAGCGAAUUGCCCCACAAUAUGAAUACAGUUUGAUUAUAACUUUUAUUUUGUUGGUAUUGGUUGUUGUAUUAUCGCAAUAUUACACUCGAAAGUUUGAUUAAACAUCAUAUUAUUGGCACUUCAGUGAUGUUUACAGAUCUUGCCGCAUCACUGUCAAGCCAAUAAUGACGUUAAAUCAAACCCUUGAGUGUUAUAUUGCUUAAAUGAUUGAAAGUGUUGCACCUUACAUAAUACAUGGCAGUGAUGAUUGAAAGAAAUUGUAACCACUAGCUGUGGAAUUAAGUUAUCCCGCCAUUUAUCCUUUCAAAUACUCAUAUACUGUAUCUUCAUAAUACAUUCACAUUUAUUUGAAUCACUUUUUAACUGCUUUAAUCAGUUACGAAAAUUUCGAUAAUUCCUUUUUUUCUUUUUUUUUUUUCAUUCUUAUUUUGUUACUUCCACCACUGAGGCUUUGCCCUCACUCUCUCAAUCAACACUCAAAAGCAAAACUCUAAAGAAAACCAGCUUGGGUACAGUAACAGUGUGUGGAUGAUGGAUUUAUUAUUUUACUUUUCUUGUAUAGUGUGAAAUGUUAAAUGUGUAUUUAUUACAGAGGGUUUUGUGCUGCAACUGGUUGUGUAAAUUACUGCAUGUUUGUCCAGUGUUUUUCUCUUGGCUGUGUUUCACUGUGUCUUAAUGUGUAAAUUUAAAAUGGUCUGGGUCUAGAUUGUGUUUUCAUUGCAAAAAGAAAGAAACAGCAGCACUUUGACACAAUAUAUGAAUGAUCACUGGUUAGGUGACAUUACUUUCAUCAGUGAAGAAAAAAUAAAUAUCUAGUUUAAGUGUGGUGGUUCAUAGAAAUAACAAAGACAAAAAGUAAAUGUAGUCGGUUAGUUGCUGUCUAUGGCCAUUACGUCUCUCAUCAAAGGCUCCUCCAUGGCUGUUUAAACAAAAAGCUAUGCAAGAAGUUGUGUUAAGAUUGAAAAACGAGAGCUUGAGAUCUCAAUAUGUUGAAGCAGGGCCACGGGGGGAAGCUUGAGUACCUUGAGGGAAUUUUAAACCUUGCAAACUUUGUCACUCACCCCAAUUGAGAUGUUGAAAGGGUGUGAGGAGGGGAGUUCACAUGCUGCUCAAUGAUCUGAUAAGGCCUUAGUUUGAAGCCCACUGGCACCUGACUCAUGCAUCUUUUUUUAUUCAUUCAUAGAAUUAUAUUUAUUUGGACCUGAUGUAUGUUUCGGACAUUGAUGUGAAGCCCAGGUAAAAAAAGCCAAAAUGUGUUCUUUGUUUGAAUUAAAAAAAAAUUUCUUCCUUUUCAAUGCUGGAUGAUAAUUUCUUCAGUGCAUAAUGUUGUAUUGUUUGACUUAAUAUCUGUUUGUUACUGUGUGUAUUUGUGGCUGUGACAAAUCAGACCAAUAAAAUGAGUUCAUCAAUACA